UUUCAGCGGGCGGCAGCAUCAGCCCCCGAGCUCUGCGAGAGAGAGCAUUGAUCGUCUUUACGAUCAAAACAUAGGGGAACACUUUCGCUAAGUUACUAUCCGCUCUCACCUGUCUGAUCUUCUAUCAUAUCUCAAGGGACGCCGCUGCACAACUAUUUAACUUUGACAGAGACAAGCUUGGUAGCGUGGAACGCUGUGACUCCAGCAACUUUAACGAUCGUAUCAGAUGCGAGGUGUUUGACUGGUGAGAAGAGCUAAGAGAUACACAAACAGUACCUGGUGAGCUAUUUCUGCCGGACACCUGCAGAAAUGGACGCUAAAAAAGGUGACAUUAAGACCCUGCAGAAUGGGACGCCACUCCUGAAAAUUCGACAUAAGAAGACGUACCGCCGCUUCUUCUAUGUGGCCAGAGACAUGAAACACAUUUGCUACAGAGGGUCGCGAAAGUUUGGACAUUCUACUGUACAUAUGUGUAAACUAAACGACAUUGACGACAUUAGGGAAGGCAAGCUGACAGAUGCACUGCAGAAACUGAAGCCAAAACCAAGGGACGAGUUUUGUUUCUCGUUAAUUCGCGGGAAGAAGUCAUACGAUUUUAUAGCGAGAAAUAGCGAUGAACGAAACGCUUGGGUCACAGGACUUCGCAAACUUCUUAAACAGAAGAUGCCAAUACACAAAGACUAUGAGAAUAUACGGAAGGCCUGGAUUGCUCGGUGCUUUCGCAAGGCGGAUCGGAGCAAAGAUGGCCGCCUGACCAGGAAAGAGGUCGUUGACUUGAUGGACGCGAUGAACGCUGGGAUAGAUAAAGUGACAAUUUCUGAAAUGUUUGAUAAAGCCAAUUUCCGUGACGACAAAGACGAACACGGCAGAGAUGUUCUGGAUCUGGAGGAAUUCGUUAAGUUCUACGAACUCCUCACGUACAGGGAAGAGCUGGAAGAGUUAUUCAAAAGUUAUACUGGCGGAGGUGAGGAUAUGAGCGCAGAGGUUCUCAAGACUUUCUUAGAAACAGAACAAAAGGUGGAAAAGAGCAUAGAAGACUGCGAGAAACUGAUAAAGGAGUUUGACCCGUGUCAGGAAGACAGCGACCAGACCCUCAUGACAGUGGAAGGUUUCAAGAAGUUUCUUCUGUCCGAAAGUCAAUGUUUGUUCAACGUUGCACACCGAUUGAUAUAUCAAGACAUGACACUACCGCUACAGCAUUACUUCAUUAACAGUUCCCACAACACAUAUCUUACUGAAGACCAGUUAAAAGGCCCCAGCAGCGUGGAGGGGUACAUCCGGGCACUUCAGAAAGGCUGUCGUUGUGUGGAGCUGGACUGUUGGGACGGACCAAAUAAUGAGCCUAUUAUCUACCACGGUCACACUCUCACGUCCAAAAUCCUCUUCAAAGACGCCAUCGUGGCUAUUAAGAACUUUGCGUUCGUGGCAUCAAAAUACCCAGUGAUCCUGUCCCUGGAGAACCACUGCUCUGUACCUCAGCAGACGGUAAUGGCAAAGCACAUGAAGACUAUCCUAGGAGACACCCUAUAUUCACCUCCGGGGGGCAUUGAGAGCUUGAAAGAGUUUCCUUCUCCGGAAGACCUCAUAGAGAAAAUUAUAAUCAAGGGAAAGAAACUACCGCCUCAGGGAAAGAAACUGCCGGCAGACGUUGUGGACGAGGGUGACGUGUCAGACGAAGACGAGGCUGAAGAAAUGGCGGAAGUCGACGAGAACGUGCAAACAGAGGUGCAGAAAAAGUCGACGGAAAAAGUGAAGCUGUCAAAGGAGCUCUCUGACCUAGUGAUGCUGAAAGGAGUAUCGAUGAAGAGCUUUGAACAUUCCAGGAAAAAUUAUAAGUUCUACGAGAUGUCUUCUAUAGCAGAAGUGAAAGGGUUGGGCCUUGUAGACGACGACGCCCUGUCAUUUACACGGCAUUGCGCAUUCCAAUUGGUCAGAACGUACCCGAAGGGCGGGAGAAUUGACUCUAGCAACUAUAAGCCACACCCAUUCUGGACUGUCGGGGCUCAGAUAGUUGCGCUGAACUUCCAGACGACAGGUGCCUACCCCAUGCGUCUCUACCUGGGCAAGUUCCAGGAUAAUGGCGGGUGUGGGUACAUUUUAAAGCCGACCUAUAUGCAGAAAGAAAACACAAUCUUCGACCCCAACUCGAACGAUCUCACAAAGUUCUGUGUCCCCCUGAAGUACGUUGUCACAGUUCUCAGUGCACAGCAGCUGCCCAAGCCUCAGAGUGCCAGCGAGAAAAGUGAGAUCAUUGACCCCUACGUUAAGGUCUCCGUUAAGGGCAUUCCCAGCGACUGUCAGGCGGAGACCACCAACUACGUCAGUAAUAACGGUCUGAAUCCAAUCUGGAAACACAAGGCCGAAUUCAAAAUAAGAUGCCCUGAUCUGGCUGUCAUUAUGUUUACAAUUCGUGAUAAGGACAAGCGAUCAGGAGACGAAUUCAUUGGAUAUAAUGCAUUUCCCGUCACAAGUAUGCAACCCGGUUACCGACACGUUGAACUCCUCACAAAACACGGGGACCAUAUUCCUAUGGCAAGUUUAUUCGUGCACUUGGAAAUCAUUGAGGAAUGAGCCUCA